AUGGAUGAGACGCAGGGACCUCUGGCUAUGACCGUCCAUCUCCUUGCCAACUCUGGGCAUGGCUCACUUCUGCAACGGACUCUGGACCAGCUCCUGGAUUGCAUUUGCCCAGAGGUCCGGAUCUUUCAGGUGUCCGAGCGGGCGGGUGCCCUGGAAUUCUACGGAAAGUCUCUUCCCAAGCGGUCCCGGUUCCCGGGGAUGUCUGUGUUGCUCUUCCUGCACGAAAGUCUAGGUGAGGAGCGGCUGUUCCGCGCUCUGGAUGCCCUCCAGCACUCGCCCUGGCAGUGCUACCCCAUCCAGGAUGUGCCAAGGAGACUGUGUCCCUACCUUCUCGCUAACCAGGACUUCUACAGCCUGGACAGCCAGAUGCCCGUUUGGGGGGUCAGGCAGGUGCACUGCGGGACCGAAAUCCUAAGGGUGACGCUCUACUGCAGUUUUGACAACUAUGAGGAUGCCAUCAGACUCUACGAGAUGAUUCUGCAGAGGGAAGCCACACUGCAAAAGAGUAAUUUUUGUUUCUUUGUGCUCUACGCCACCGAGAGCUUUUCCCUGCAGCUCUCCCUGAAGCAGCUGCCCCUGGGAAUGUCGGUGGACCCCAAAGAGUCUUCGGUGCUUCAGUUUAAGGUUCAAGAGAUCGGCCAGUUAGUGCCUCUGCUACCCAAUCCCUGCAUUCCCAUCAGCAGCACCAGGUGGCAGACUCAGGACUACGACGGCAACAAGAUUCUGCUCCAGAUGGUCCCAUGGGAAGCUGGACUCUUCCACAAGUGCCAGUGGUACCAGCAGGCCUGUGGGGAACGUGACUGUAGAGCUGCAGCCACCCAGCUUGAGUGUAGAAAAGGGAAAGUUUAA